CGCCGGGCAUGGCCUCGGCCUCGGCGCCCGGCAGCGAGAUGCCCAGCCCGCCGCACAGCCCGCCGCUGCACCGCGACAGCGCCGUCACAUUCCUGCCGCAGCUGGCGCCGUCGCAGACGCACGCCUCGUCGGGCCCGAGCUCCAUCGCGCCCUCGGCGCUCAGCGCACCCUCGAGCGCCUCGAGCCGCUCGCGCAGCCCGGGCCCCACGGGCAUCAAGAUGCCCUCGCGCGCCGCCGGCGGCAGUCUCGGCGGCCUCAGCGAGAAGGGCGGCGCCUGGGAGCGCAAGGUCGGCUUCGACACGAUGCCCGACGCAGACGAGACGGUCAGCGGCGAGUUCAGCUACACGCUGCAGGUCAAGUCGCGCGGCUACCGACGCACGAAGAACACGCGCACAUUCAUGUGCGCCUUUGACACGAAUGCGUACAGUGAGAGAGCGCUGGAGUGGCUCAUGGAGUCGCUGGUGGAGGAUGGCGACGAGGUGGUGGCGCUGCGUGUGCUGGAAGGCGAGGCAGACAGCAUCGACCAAGACGAAGCGCGCGAGGAGGCACGCGAGCUGAUCGACUCCAUUGUCGACCUCAACGACGACGUCGAGGAACGUCGGAUCUCAAUCGUCGUCGAGUUUGUCGCCGGCGACAGUGUGACGUCAACGGUGCUGCGCAUGAUCCACGUCUACCGGCCCGACAGUCUGACGGUAGGCACGAGGGGCAAGACACCCAAUGCAUUUGCCAAGCUGCUGGGCGGCGCAAGCAUGGGUAGCGUGUCGCGUGAGAUCCUCUCGCGCUCGCCGGUGCCUGUAGUCGUUGUGCGUCCCGAGGCCAAGGUGCGCAAGCAUCGCAAGAAGCGGCAGGAGGAUCCGAAGCGGCGGUCAUAUCAUGAUCUUGUCGCAAAGGCGCACUCGCUGCCGCUCAGCCGCGACAGCUCGCAUCAAGAGCCGAGCCGCUUCCAUGGGCACGCCCACUUCUCGCACGAUGACGACGAGUAGACGUCUCUCCCUCUCUCCUUCUGCUUAGACUCGGGCACGCUCGUAG